AUGAAGAUUUUAUUUCGCUACCAGACAUUCAGAUUCCUGUGGCUUAUGAAGCCACCUGGCCGGCACUUUCACAAAGAUUACCAGCUGUGGGCACCUCUGACUCUUGAUGACCUUGAAGCCAUGAAUCGCUGUGAGAGGGCGCUGCCUAAGAACUUUAACUUUGCUGGGGAUGUGCUGGACCAGUGGGCUCAAAAGGAGAAGACAGGAGAGAGACCUGCCAACCCAGCCCUGUGGUGGGUGAGCGGCAAAGGGGAUGAGGUGAAAUGGAACUUUGGAGAACUGAGCUCCUUGUCCCGAAAGGCUGCCAAUGUGCUCACCAAGCCCUGUGGCCUGCAGAGAGGAGACCGAGUGGCUGUGAUUCUUCCCCGGAUCCCAGAGUGGUGGCUCAUAUAUGUGGCUUGUAUGCGAACAGGGAUCGUAUUCAUACCAGGAACAACUCAGCUGGUGGCAAAAGACAUUCUCUACCGACUGCAAGCAUCCAAGGCCAAGUGCAUUGUGGUCAGUGAGGAGGUGGCCCCGGCAGUGGAGUCCAUUGCACCAGACUGCCCUGAUUUGAAGACCAAACUCCUGGUGUCUCUGCACAGCCAGAAUGGGUGGCUCAACUUCCAGGAGUUAUUCCAGUCUGCCUCAGAAGAGCACAGCUGUGUGGAUACAGGAAGUCAAGAACCAAUGGCUAUUUAUUUCACCAGUGGGACCACAGGCUCUCCCAAGAUGGCCCAGCAUUCUCAGAGCAGCCUCGGUAUUGGGUACACCCUCUGUGGAAGGUAUUGGCUGGCCUUGAAGUCUUCAGAUAUUAUAUGGAACAUGUCCGACACUGCCUGGAUCAAGACUGCCAUUAGCAGUGUGUUUUCUUCAUGGCUUCUGGGAGCCUGUGUUUUUGUGCAUCAGAUGGCCAAGUUUGACCCAGACACCUUCCUAGAUACGCUUACCAUUUAUCCCAUCACCACCCUGUGCACUGCUCCCACCAUGUACCGGAUGCUUGUGCAAAAAGACCUCAAGAGAUACAAAUUCAAGAAGCUGAGGCAUUGUUUGACUGGAGGGGAGCCGCUCAACUCGGAGCUGCUGGAAAAUUUGCAUACUUGCAUGUCUUCUCAACAGGGGAUCAUUUGUGCCAAUCAGAAAGGACAAGAAAUUAAACCAGGCUCCAUGGGCAAAGGUAUAGCACCCUAUGAUGUCCAGAUUAUAGAUGAAAACAGCAAUAUCCUACCAUCUGGCCAAGAAGGGGACAUUGCCCUCAGAGUAAAUUCUACAUGGCCCUUCUGUUUCUUCUCUGAAUAUGUGAACAAUCCAGAGAAAACUGCUGCCACAAUGAGAGGAAAUUUUUACGUCACUGGAGACAGAGGAGUGAUGGACAGUGAUGGUUAUUUCUGGUUUGUUGGAAGAGCUGAUGAUAUCAUCAUAUCCUCUGGGUACCGUAUUGGGCCAUUUGAAGUGGAGAGUGCACUAAUUGAGCACCCAGCAGUUGUUGAAUCGGCUGUCGUCAGUAGUCCAGAUCCAAUCAGAGGAGAGGUAGGGUGCAUGCUACUAAAGUAG